AUGUUCAAUGAACCAAUAUCACCACCCUCUUCAACACCUUCAUCCCCACCUUACUACACCAUCUCCUCUGACUCAAAGCCCUCUGACCCCCAAUCUCCCACCUUGGCCCAGCUUCAGGCUCAUGCCCUUUCCAUAUACCACCACUUUGAACCAGAAGCUAACAUUCCAUCACCAUCUGAACAACCACCAACACCUCCAUCUGAACCACCCAUCGUAACAUCCUCUGAAAACCCCAUCAUCCAUAACUCUGAACCUUCCGCUGAAACCACCCCCACACCACCAACACCUACAUUUCCUACCCCUGAACCAGAACCUAACUUCCCCACCCUAGAAGAAGCAAUAACCUUAUUUGUAGAGUCUUCAACGAAGAAGAUCAGAUCACUAUCUGAGAAUUUUGGUAUCAGCGAUAAUCCCUCUGCAGUGAGGAUUCACUGGAACAAAAGAAGCUGGAGAGAGGCUGCAGGCAUGUCUGGUCAGAGAGGCAAAAGAGAAGAAGAAGAAGAGAAGGCUCAUCUGGAAGAAGAGCAAAGGGAUAGAGAAGUUGCAGAGAAGGCUGCUGCUGCUGCUGCUGAAGCUGAAGCGAAAGCAAAAGCUGAUGCUGAAGAGGCAGCACACAUAGCUGCAGAAGAAGCUGCAAAGGCAAGAAAUGAUGCUCUGACUCAGGGGGAGCAAUCUCAUUCUGAUUUCGCUCCUCUUGUCCUGAAGACUCUAGAAUAUCUAUAA